CCGCUUCAUACUCCCGCAUCCUCAAUAGCCUUUAUAGACCAUUCAGUCCCCCCUCCUCUGCAGGUCUUCCUUUUUGCUUCCUUCCAGUGUUUCCCAUUAAGUCCUUUGAAGGUCGCUCCGUCCACCAGCAAACUGGUCACCCCACCUUCUAAAACGUCAUACAUGAACUUGCCCGCCUUCGUUACAUAGCGCCGUUCCUUGCCUCUAUUCACUCCCAUCAAGAUUGGAAUAGGAUCAAAAUGUUCGCGGGAAAGCGUCUGAGCAAGGAGCUCCAGAAGAUGCACGAACAUCUUCCACCGGGAAUCGCAAUUGUCACGGCGGAGAAUUUCGAAGAGUGGCAGAUGGAUAUCAAGGUGUUAGACGACAACCCUCUCUACAAGGGCGAGACCUAUCGGCUUAAGUUCACAUUCUCGAGCAAAUACCCCAUCGAACCGCCAGAAGUCCAAUUCAUAGAAUGCCCCGCAGCCUCCGAAUCCCCCCGCCCAAUCCCGAUCCAUCCGCACAUCUACAGCAACGGUAUCAUCUGUCUGGACUUAUUAAGCUCCGCAGGCUGGUCACCGAUACAGACGGUUGAAAGCGUCUGCAUGAGCAUUCAGAGCAUGCUGACAGCUAAUAGUCGGAACGAGCGACCCCCAGGCGACAAAGAAUUUGUAUCGUACAAUCGCCGACGGCCCCGGGAUAUCAAUUUCUUCUACGAUGAUGAUAAUGUAUAAUGGCCUGGAGCUCUUCUUUGUAUAUAUAAUAUAUUUUCCCUUUUGCCUUGGAGAGAAAGAAAGAGAGAAAAAGAAAACAAGGAUGACUUACUGUACGGCCUGUUCACGUUUUGCAUCUGCGCUGGCGCCAAUUUGUCAUGGAUGUGGGAGUUCUUGGAGGGAAAGUUUCAUAUUUGUGCUUUUGGGAAGUACCUGUUUGAAGAGUGAGGGGCAUUAUAUUCUUCCUAUUCUUAUGAUUAACAGGUUUCUUCUCCCUUUGCUUCGUCAUUCUUACUCGGUCAAUUGGGCUGGCUUCUUUUUUUUGGGUAGUUUACCUAUUCAUUACAUUGUCUACCUGCAGACAGACCAUUCUCUUUUACGCUUUUCUGUUAUAUGGCAGGUGCCUAUUGAUAGUCUUGCGCCUAGCAUGCAGUUAUUCUAUUAUAUUCCUGUGCAG